UGCCUCGUUCCCAAGCGACGUGCGCUUGCGCAGAAUGCCAAUCAAAUUUCACUGACUGAUGACAGAGAUGUAGGAAUUAUAGUUUAAAUCAAGCAACCAGAUUUGGUGUAAUAUGGACACUGGGGGGACUUUACGUGAACGGGUAUAUGCUGCAGCCAGAGAUGGCAUGGCAAUCUCUAUGUUCGCUAUCCUGUGCAGCAAAAACAUGGAUGAGAUAAAGGAUGCACUAGAACAUGUUACGGAGGAAGAUGGACAGCGGGUGACUCCCCUUAUUAUUGCAGCUAAAAAUGGACAUGAUAAAGUGAUCAAGACGAUUCUUAGCCAUUUCCAGGUUGAUCUAGAACAAGCAGGUACAGUGAAAUUUGAUGGCUAUGUAAUAGAAAGUGCCACAGCCUUAUGGUGUGCCGCAGGUGCUGGGAAAUUUGAUGUUGUUCAAACCCUGAUAGAGGCAGGCACUGAUGUCAACCACCCCACUCUCACCAAUUCUACACCACUGAGAGCUGCCUGUUUUGAUGGGAGGCUGGACAUAGUCAAAUACCUGGUGGAACACCAAGCCAACAUUCAUGUGGCCAAUAAGUACAACAAUACCUGUCUCAUGAUUGCCUCUUAUAAAGGUCACAAAGAUGUGGUCACUUAUCUCCUAGAGCAAAAAGCAGAUCCUGAUUGCAGAGCCCACUGUGGGGCCACAGCGCUUCACUUUGCUGCAGAAAUGGGGCAUCUAGAGAUAGUAAAAGAGUUAUUGCGAUUUAAAGCAGUUCAGGUAAAAAAUGACCACGGAAUGACCCCCUUGAUGGUGUCUGCUGAAAGCUGCCAAAAUGCUGUAGUUGAGUUUCUUGUCAGUCAUGAAGACUGUUCCAAGCUAGAACGUAUUGAGGCAUUAGAACUCCUUGGAGCUUCUUAUGCUAAUGAUAAAGACAGUUAUGAUCUGAGGAAAGCCUACAGUUACAUGUGGCAUGCUAUGACGGAAAGACAUAGUGAUCCUGAAAACAUUAUCUUUAAAUUUGUCAUGCCACCUAUCGAAGCCUAUGAAAACCACAAAGAAUGUCAAACCAUGAAGCAGUUACAAGAAAUUCAGUAUGAUCACAAUGAGCUUCAUAUGGAGGCAUUGGUUCUUAGGGAGAGAAUCUUGGGCUCAGAUAAUCCAGACAUCCCACACCCAGUGAUAUUUAGGGGUGCAGUAUUUGCAGAUUCCGCGCGGUUUGACAGGUGCAUUGCACUCUGGAUGCAUGCUAUGAGACUACGCAAGAAAAACAAUAGAACAAUUAGCAAAGACUUGUUACGAUUUGCCCAAGUAUUUUCGCAAAUGAUUCAUGUGGGAGUGAAUCUCGAUUUUCCUAGUGUUCAAGUCGUGUUAGAAUAUGCUAUCUCAGAACUGAAGCACAACUAUGACAUGUUCAAUACAGCAACAGAAGAUGAGAAAGCUGCUGUUCGUGACUUGAUUGAUUGCAAUAUCCACACAACACUGUAUCUGCUGGUCAUUGUCACUAAAGUCAGUCUUACUAAAGAGCAAGAUUUUCAACUGUGCAGCCUGGUGUACUCUUUCAACCAACUUGAUGUCUCCUUAAAGAAUGGAUACAGGCCAUUACACAUGGUUGCAGAUCAUGGCACACUAGUUGAUGACUUUCACGUUAACGAUGUGGUGAAGUUUCCCAAUGCAGGCCUACUUCGCCUUUUACUCAAAUGUGGCAGCCAGGUGGAUGCAGUUGACAACCAAGGCAACACAGCACUUCAUGUCAUUGUGAGGUAUAAUCGUCCCAUUAGUCAUUUCAUUACAUUGCACAGUAUUAUUACCUCAUUACUGGAGUAUGGAGCGCACAUUGACAGAGUGAAUGGAAGAGGUUUAACUGCUGAGGACUACUCUACCACUGGGGUUGCUGAGAUUAUACUGAAGACACAGAGGUCUCUUAGUUUGAAGUGUCUUGCCGCGAAAGCAAUCAAAGAAAAGAAAAUUCCAUACAAAGGAAAUGUGCCUGCAACUCUUUUAGACUUUAUAGAUAUGCAUUAAUUUUAAGUAUAUUAUGGAACUGCCAGAUUGUGACACCUCUUUGGCUAUUGAGACAAAUUUUAAAAUGCAUUGUUUUUUUAAGAGAAAUUUUAGAAGCAUGCUUGUUGUACAUUCAAGUUAACUCUGCUUAUGUGCCCUGCUGAUUUAUGUUAUGGAAUUCAUCGGAAAAUAAAUUUUUAUAAGCAUCUGGCAGUGCUGCAGUUGCUUCUUAGAACAC